GCCUCUUCCGCUCGUCGCUUUCCGAUUGCGUAGACUUUUUGCGACUCUGCACACCAGACGCAAUCGCUGGUAAAGCCGAAACAUGGCGGAAAUUAUAGACGGCAGUAGAGAUGAUUCGACUGAACAUACUGCCACACAGGCUAUUGAUGAUGCGGAAAUGUCAUCCACAAAUUCAAGACUGGCCCAGAUGGCCGGAAUGCCAAUGCCCAGUCUGCCAGCUCCUCCACCUCCUCCAGCUAUGGGCAUUGGAUUUCCACUUGGUCUUAAUUCUCACCUAACUCCAGACCAAGAAAACGGCAAUUCGGCACAGACAGUUCCUCAGCAAAAUGAUGGACUUCCUAAGGCAACGCUAAUUGACCCAGAAACCACCCGAUCCCUGCUCAUUGGUAGAGGUAACCUUUCUAUUGCUACUAAUAUCCCACCACUGAUGCCAUCCAUCAAUCGCCCACGUGUCAAUCAGUCUGGAGAUGACUCCAGAGAGUUAGAAGAUUCCUUAUCUGGUCCAAAGAUUCCACAAGUCCUUGAGAAGAUUCUUCAGCUGAAAGAAAUUAGACAAGAGGAGAUAUUUUUGCCAGUGGCCGCAGAAGAGGAAGAUUAUGAUAAUGAUCCUCGUCAGGUUUACACUGCAUCUGAGACAGAAGAGGAGACAACUGGACCAAAGAAGGAGAAGAAAAGUCGUAGGCGAAAGAACCGCAAGAAACGAACACGUAGAAGAGUGACUGCAGCACCACCACCCGCCGUUGUGGUCGAUGAUGUAAAUGAGGCAGCAGAGGCGGACUCCGCCACCGGAGGGAAAGUGGAAAUAGAAUACGUGACAGAGGAGCCAGACAUAUAUGACCCGAACUUCAUUUUCUUCAAAAGGAUCUUUCAAGCAUUUAAGUUGACGGAUGAUGUAAAGAAAGAAAAGGAAAAAGAGCCUGAAAAAGUGGAAAAAGUGGAACCGGCUGCCCCCAGGAAGAGGUUUGAGGAGGAAAUGAUGGACAGUGACAGCGACAGUGAUGCUGAGGAAAAAAAGCUAGAUGCACCCAAACUGUCAAAGAAAAAACUAAGGCGGAUGAAUAGGUUCACAGUUGCGGAGCUAAAACAGUUGGUUUCACGUCCUGAUGUGGUAGAAAUGCACGAUGUCACUGCGCAGGACCCCAAACUGCUUGUACACCUAAAAGGGACCAGGAAUUCUGUUCCUGUCCCUCGUCACUGGUGUUUCAAGCGCAAGUACCUGCAAGGCAAGAGAGGAAUUGAAAAACCACCCUUCCAGCUUCCUGAAUUUAUCAAGAGAACAGGCAUCCAGGAAAUGAGAGAGGCUCUUCAGGAAAAGGAAGACCAAAAGACUAUGAAAUCCAAAAUGAGAGAGAAGGUUCGUCCCAAAAUGGGAAAAAUCGACAUAGACUACCAGAAGCUCCACGACGCGUUCUUCAAAUGGCAAAGCAAACCAAAACUGACCAUCCACGGAGACCUGUACUAUGAGGGAAAAGAAUUUGAGACUCGAUUAAAGGAGAAGAAGCCGGGAGACCUUUCUGAUGAGCUGAGAAUAACACUGGGAAUGCCAACUGGACUGAAUUCCCAUAAAGUGCCCCCACCUUGGCUUAUUGCAAUGCAAAGAUAUGGUCCUCCUCCUUCAUAUCCCAAUCUCAAAAUUCCAGGACUGAAUUCUCCCAUUCCUGAGGGCUGUUCGUUUGGAUACCACGCGGGUGGAUGGGGUAAGCCCCCUGUAGAUGAAAUGGGAAAACCUCUUUAUGGCGAUGUAUUCGGGACAAACGCGUCAGAUUUUCAGAGUAAGAAUGAUGAAGAAGAUAUAGACAGAACCCCGUGGGGAGAGCUAGAACUGUCAGAUGAUGAAUCCUCCUCAGAAGAAGAGGAGGAAGAAAGUGAUGAAGAUAAACCAGAUGAGACUGGAUUCAUUACACCUGCUGACAGUGGACUUAUUACCCCUGGAGGGUUUUCUUCAGUUCCUGCUGGUAUGGAGACUCCAGAACUUAUUGAAUUGCGAAAGAAGAAAAAUGAGGAGGCCAUGGAUGGCACGGAGACACCAUUGCUCUUCACUGUUCUUCCAGAGAAGAGGACAGCUACCGUUGGUGGAGCUAUAAUGGGAUCCACGCACAUAUAUGAGAUUUCAACAGCCUUGUCCCGUAGGGGUGCCCCGACAGAGCCCCAAGGUGUGGAGGUGGCUCUUGCACCUGAAGAACUUGAGUUAGAUCCAUCAGCUAUGACACAAAAGUAUGAGGAGAGAGUGCGGGAAGCUCAAGAACAAGUACAGAAAGAGGACUUCAGUGAUAUGGUGGCCGAACAUGCAGCUAAACAAAAGCAAAAGAAGAGAAAGGGACAGCCGCAAGACUCCCGUUCAGGAGGCAAAAAAUACAAAGAGUUCAAGUUCUGAGCGCACAUCAUAUUUGUUUUUUUGUUUUUCCCUUUGUUUUCAUCCCUUGUGAAUCACAUUCAUUUCUUUGUAAUAAAAUCUGUGAAAUUGUCUUA